AAAGGCAUCUACCUGCCGCAAUGAGUGCUUGAGCAAGGAGCAUCCGUGGCCCUGCAAUGAGGAGCAGUAGCCACUGGGUGGCAGCAAAACUCCACCUGUGCUUGGAGGUGGGAAGCACGAGUAGGUUAAGAAGCUCUUUCCCUGAAUUCUCUCCAACAGGGUACCCUAUACAAAAACUGGAUGGACUGCAUCCCCCAAAUGCAGAUGUCUCCUAAACCAUACUUUCCCAUCCUCUGGUGAUCCCAAAGCAGUAGAUUCCCUUGAAGGAUUCUGUCAUCCUGACUCCCAGCCACAGGUCCAGAAGAGGAUACAGUAGAGAGAAAAGCUGCCAUUGGGGAGCGUAGGGCCCAGAUCUUGUCUUCAGACCCUCCUCCUCCUCCUCCCCUCACGUGGGUCAGCGUGGUGAUUUAGGAGGAGUCCCCAGAAACCACCAGGUCAUUAAAUCCAGCCCCCUAUCUUUAAUCCAGUCAAAAUUGGGGGGGGGGCUCCCCACCAACCAUGGUUAGAACUUUGUUUCUGUCCCAAUGCUGCUCCCCCCUUUUCCAAAUUAAACCCUCCAUUCCUAGUCCUUCCAAUGCAGGCUCCCAACCCCGCUUCUCCCUGAAUGUCUUCUGGAAGUGAGGAUGUAGGGGGCGGGGAGCAACCAAUCAGUCAGAGCUUUCCAACUUGUUGAAGAAUGGCCAGACUUUGACAAAAUGCCUGCAAUUAAUGAGUUUCUUAAGCUCUGGAGACAAGAUUUAAGUGUUUAAUAAAGUCAAGAGCUUCAGGCUCAGGGGCUGAGGGCCUGGGGCUGAGAGCUCAAAGUCCCAGGAGUGCCAUGGGAGGGGGAUCCCAGGUGGCCCUUAAUGGGGCUAAGCAUUUCCGCUGCCAGCUCAGCGCGCCCCCCCCCACCUCCUCUUCGGGGGGACAGCAGGUAUAAGAGGCGGGUGGGGCAGACAGACAGGAGAGAGAGAGAGAGAAGGCAACAUGGAUGCUGGCCGACUGGCGGUGCUGCUGGUGCUGCUGCUGGGCCGGGGCCACACUGAAGCACCAGAGAGCACCAGGGAGGGACCUGGGGACCAUCUUUUCAUGGAGGAAGAGAACGGACCCCCCUGUAGACCGGACGCCCAGACACCUGCAGCUCUUCUGCGGUCCUUGCUACAAACCAUGCAGAGACCCGGCCGGAGCCCAGCCUUUCUGUUCCAGCCCCAGAGGUUUGGCCGGGAUGCCCAGAGGAGCCCCGGCAGACAGUGGCUGAGUCCCCAGGCUAAGGAGGGACCGAAUCCUCUGUUCUGGAGCCUGGCUGCCCCACAACGCUUUGGGAAAAAGUGAUGUUGCGUUCAACAGACAUGUUUGUGCAUGCAAAGCCCACAUACGUGCUAUGUGUCCUAAUAAAAGCAUCUUAC